ACAAAAUUCCCCCAAAUUGAAUCGCUCCCCUCCGUCGUCCUCCUCCGUAACCAUGACUCUGAACUGCCUCUCCUGUCAACUCUUACAGAGAACGGACUCCGAGAGAGACCCCGACCCGCAGCUCCAAAACUACUACUCCGGUCAGAUAGAGCCGUCGGGGAGAAGCUGGUCCGGCAACCUCUCUUUCCGGCCUCCCGAUCGCCCAAAGAAAGAAGCGCUUCGAGCCCUGCCUGAGGACCAGGCGCCUCCCGUCGCCCCCCGCCGUCUUCAUAGCUCCGGCCCCAUCUCUUUGGGCAGCAAGGAGCCGAAGCUGGUUCGAAGCUCCGGGAUGAGGAGGGAUUGGAGCUUCGAGGAUCUCAGAGCCAUUCGAGAGGAAAAAUAACCGUCUCAUACACACACUAGACCCAUUC